CCAGCCGGGAGGGCGCUGAGCCGAGCCGAGCCGAGCCGAGCCGCGGGGUCCGCACGGACGGCUGCUGCCUCGCGUUACGCGAUACUCCCGGCCCUCUCCUUUCCCCGGCCGCGGGAAGGUCCCGCAGGGUCCGAGCGCUGCCCUCCGACCGCAGUCCCCGGGCCGGCCCGGCUCGGCGCUCCCCCGACGGCAGUUAUCGACGGGGAGAGCUCGGGGCCGGCGGAGCGGCCGCCUCCGCUCCCGGCCGGGGCCGAUCCCCAUCUGUUGCCCACUGAGCCGCCCCGACGGCGCGUCCCGAGCCGGUGAGGGGCCCCGCGCCCUCCGCUCCUGCCCGCAACACGCGUGCGCGGGGCCCGCUCCGGGCGGCGGUGUAAGAUGAGUGAGGGAGCGGGGGGGGGCGCGGCGGGGGGACGCUCCGUCAGUGCCAAUCGCUCACUUUGACGGCGGAGAGCCAGAGACAACCCUGAAUCGAUGUCCGGGGCUGCCUACCUGCGAGGUGCGCGAAGAUGAUGGCCAUGAACGCCAAGCAGCCCUUCCCCAUGCACGCCGCCCUGCAGGAGCCCAAAUACUCCGGGCUGCACGCCGGCGCGGAGGCGAUGCGCAGGGUUUGCCUCCCGGCCCCGCAGCUCCAGGGCAAUAUAUUUGGAAGCUUUGAUGAGAGCCUGCUGGCCCGCGCCGAGGCUCUGGCGGCCGUCGACAUCGUCUCCCACGCCAAGAGCCACCCCUUCAAGCCGGACGCGACCUACCACGCCAUGAGCGGCGUUCCCUGCGGCCCGGCCGCCCCCGCCGCGCUGCCGCACCCCGCGCUGCCCGCGCCGCCGCCGCACCCCGCGUUGGACGCCGAGCUGCUGGAGCACCUCUCCCCCGCGCUGGCCCUGCCCGACCCCCCGGCCGUGCCCGCGCCGCUGCCGCCGCACCCGCUGGGCGCCGUGGGCCACCUGCCCGUGGCCGUGGGUCCGCCGGGGGGCCCCGCGCCGCCGCUGCCCGCCGCGCCCUGCCUGCCCGACGUGGAGUCCGACCCGCGCGAGCUGGAGGCGUUCGCCGAGCGCUUCAAGCAGCGCCGCAUCAAGCUGGGGGUGACCCAGGCCGACGUGGGGGCGGCCCUGGCCAACCUGAAGAUCCCGGGCGUGGGCUCGCUCAGCCAGAGCACCAUCUGCCGCUUCGAGUCGCUGACGCUGUCGCACAACAACAUGACGGCGCUGCGGCCCGUGCUGCAGGCCUGGCUGGAGGAGGCCGAGGCCGCGCACCGCGACCGCGCCGCCAAACCAGAGCUCUUCGCGGGCGCGGAGCGCAAACGCAAACGCACGUCCAUCGCCGCGCCCGAGAAGCGCUCCCUCGAGGCGUACUUCGCGCUGCAGCCGCGGCCGUCGUCCGAGAAGAUCGCAGCCAUCGCCGAGAAGCUCGACCUCAAGAAGAACGUGGUGCGCGUCUGGUUCUGCAACCAGCGCCAGAAGCAGAAGCGCAUGAAGUACUCCGCGGUGCACUGACGGCGGCCCGGCCGGGCGGCACCCCCCACACCGACGGCGCGGCUGCGCCCGGGGCUCGGCGGGACGGGGUGGGGCGGAGCGGGACGAACCCCCGGCGCUGUUCCGCCGAAGCCCCGGGACGGGACGGGGCGGGCCGCGCUCAGCCCUCAGCCCUCACCCGCCGGUCCCCGUGCCCGGCGUUUCCCGGACUGUGUCCCGCGAGGAGAGCCGUCCGCGGGCCGUCCCGGGCGCAGCGCCGGGAGCUCCGGGCCGUGUGCGCUCCCCGCCCGUCCCAUCCCGUCGCGCUCCGAACGGAGCGCCGCUCCCCACCUCGACUCUGGAAUAAAGGCUUUAUUUUUCAACCCGAA